AUGGAUUUACAUUCUACCGUUUCUUUUUCGACAACCAUUCAAGAAUCGGGAGGAAGUCCAUUGAAAAGCGACAUUGCUAUCCGUCUGAGCAAUGAUCCUGAAUUUUCAGAGAUUCCUGUUGUUAAAUUAUUUUCAAUUCCAAUUUUACAACCACCUUCUAUCCAACAACUUGAAUCAGCAGCUAACCAAGAAAACAACGAUGACGAUGACAUGAAUUCUGAGUCGCAUUCUAGCAUCCCAGCUCCGCCAUCUACAACAGUUCACCCUUCUUCUCUGAUUUUGCACUAUUUAAGCAAUGAAGAGAACCUAGAAGUUAUUAGAAAUUACAAUCCGCCUAAGAAUAAUAUGCAAUAUCUCACUUUCAAACUCGGAAAUUUCAAAUUCGGAUUUUAUUUCUUAGAACCAAUCAAAUGUAUAGCAUUUUUACAUAAUGGAGAAAGAGUAAUUUCCGAUUACUGGCAUUUUAUGCCAAAAGAAACACUUCGAUACACAAAUCCUGACGGAAACAUCGAAAUUACUUCGAAAGUAACAUUCGAAAACACAGAAGUAUCUCCGAAUAUACACCUUGUUAUCCUCUUCCAGAGAAUUCUUCAAAUCGAAUCAGGAAGCGCUGUAGACAGAUAUUACGACAAGCCAGGUCCGAAAACAAUCGAAGCAGCAAAGAAAUCUGUUAUUGAUAGUUAUCCUCGAAUUUCGGAUAUUUAUACUACAUUUGCUUUUACAUUUGCGAAAGUCACUUCGAUUAUUACAGGAGCUCAUGGUUAUAAGUUCCCAAAGGCAUGGUUAUGCUCAAAUACAAUCAUCCGCAACCUCGACGAUGCAAUUAAAAACACUAGUAACAGAACUCAAAUUCCAAUUCAAGUUGUAAUGAAAGCACGACCGAGAUCGGCACAUAAUAUUGAAGGAUACGAAAUACUACAUACAAAUUUCCAUAUAAAUAUCAAACCGGAUGUCACUUUUCGCCAUCAAUUUACAUUUCGCCUUGAUUCCAUUCAAUUAAAGAAGCUCCCUGAAGGAUUGAAGGCUAGGAAUAUUUUCUGUGUCAUCAGUGUCCAAGAAUCUCAAAUUACUCCACGUCUUCCUUAUCUUAUUGAUCCAAUGACGAAACAGCACGUGAAAUCACUCACAAGUACAUGUACAUACCACGACAAAUCACCUGUAUUCGACGAUGUCUUCACAGCGGACCUCCCUGCGAAGUUGCCGAAGAAUUUAUACAUUUUUGUGUAUCUUUACCACGCAAUUGUUCAAAAUGAGAGUGACAAUGACAGGCAGUUCAUCGCGCACGCAGCAUUUCAGAUCGUAAACAACGGAAUUCCUGUUGUUUCUGGUCCGAUUUCAGCUGGAGUUUCUUUUGGCAUGGAAGACAAACCAGAUAAAUCUCUCAAUGUCGUAAAUGGCGAUUUCCGCAUUUUCUCUACAAUUUUCUCAGGAGAUCCGAAUUUAUUCGGAUAUUAUGAGAAAUUAAAGAACAAAGAAGUAGAAGAAGACGGGCUUGACAAGGUCAGAGAUGACAUUGCAUGCAGAAACUGUAUCACAAUUAUGGCGAAUUUACUUGAAAUCCUCAAUGAUAAGCCUUUUGAAGCGGUAAAAGGCCUUAUCGAUAUGGCAUUCCACGCAUCUAAGGUAUAUCCUGAGGCCCCGCAGAUUUUGGCUGGUUUUGCUCGCUACAUUUUCCACAGACAUGACGGAAUUCUCAAAGGAUACGAGACGUACUUGAAUAAGGUAGGUGAAAUCGUAAACUUCCUUGACAGGCGAGACUUUGUUGCCAUUCCAAUGCUGUUCCAGCUCGCAACUUUCGCUGGAAUUGAAGAAUUUUCAGAAACUUUUGUAUCAAAGAUCGCUUCUUUCACAGAUAAUGGAUUGAUACAGACAAAGAAGUUCAUUGAAGAAUUUGCUUUCUUCAUCCGUGAAUCAGUUCCGAAAGAAAAAGCUUUUUCUUGUAUCGAAAAAGUGACAAAGAAUUUCUUUAACACUCCGAACAAAGCAGAAAUAUUAUGUAGCUUUUUAUCAAUAGUCCUAGAUUCGCCAUUAUUCGAUGCAAUGGUCUUCGACAACAAGCAAAUUGAAGAAUUAUGCGUAAAAACGAUCAGAGCGAAGCAUUCAAGGCCAGUACAAGGAAUAUUCCACACUAUAUUAGUUGCAGCUUCAAAGGCUGAGCCAAGAAGGCAGAGAUUCCUAGCAAAUAAAAUGUUAAAUAUUUUAUACAUUUUAUCCCCGCUAACAGACAUUCCAUUUGCUCAGGAUAACGAUCUGCAGCCCGCCAUACCUCUUUUCCUUUGGAUUCUGUCACUCGCCGAGUCAAAUUCUGUCGAAGAAUUUAUUAAGUCAACAAACGAAGAUAUAAUACUCCAGUCAUUGCAAUUUGUCCUCAACAGGCUUAAAUCCGGCGUUACGACCAAGAAAUCCGAAAUGUUGAGCCAUUUAGAAGGAAAAUACUCAAUUUCUUCAAGACCGAAGAGCAAAUCGUUCGCUGUUAGAAGCAAAGUUAUUUCCACGCCAUCGAUGUCAACAUUUACGAUCGAUGACUCGAAAUCACGUGAUUUGUUGUUAUGUGCUCAACUCUGCUCCGCUCGCGUUGUUAGAUACGGCAAGAACUACAAGGAGAUUGUCAAGAUCAUAUUCCAUCUCUAUACACAGGAUUUCUCUGUCAACAUUUUGCCAAUAUUAAAUUCUGUUUAUGUCAAAUUGUUGGCUGACCAUUACAACGACAUAAACAUUCCAGAAGCUCCUCCGUACAAGAUUCUAUCAAAGAUUUUGGAGCAUUCCGACACAUUACAAGCAGAUUUCGGUCCGAUCGAAGAUUUGACCGAUGUUUUGGGAGCCUUGGCCACAACCGAUAUAAAUCUAAUCGUAGAUGUCCAACCGCAAAAACUCAGAUAUUUGGUCAAUACUGUAAAGAUUCUGCAGGAAAUCGCCUACGAAUCGACAGAUAUUGAUGAAAGCGGUGACGCGCUCUUGGAGUUGGCCAACAUUUUCAAGGCUAGCGAAGAAGGAUAUUAUUUCUACUUGAAUAAGCUGGCGGACUUCUGGAAAUCGAAGGAAUUCGUGUACGAAGAGAUCGAGUGUAGAGUUUCUAUGGCUCCUUAUCAUAGAAAACGCCAGGAACUUGAAGAAAUUUACGCAACUGCAAGAUUAUGUAUGAAAGAGUGCCUCCCAGAGUACGCAAAGCAGGUUCUUAAGGGUAUUGAUACACCCGAAUGCUACAGAAUCCUCGCAGAAACGUUCGAUGUCGAUACUUCCUCGAGAAUUUACAAUAAUUUCUUCCGAGUCACAUUUUCUCAGAACGGAAUUGCACGAGAUUACGUCUAUCGCGAGCGUGGAGCCACCAACGUCGUCAAACUCGCUCAGCGCCUCGAAAAUCAGUACAAAGAUUCUGUUGUUCUGAGAGAUUCCUCAAUCAAGCCCGAAGAUGAUGGAAAGCUCUACAUACAAUGCACGUUCAUCGAGCCAUUUUUCGAUGGCGUUGAAAAGAGCGAAUUCGAGAUGCACCAUAACGUUCAAACUUUCAUGUACGAGACUCCGUUUACCCUUGGCAAUGACCGACAAGGCGAUAUCAUGCACCAGCAUUUGCUCAGGAAUAUUAUUCAUACUGAAAAUGCGAUGCCUUAUCUGACCAAACGGACAAAGAUAGAAAGGAUCGACCACAUAACACUGGAACCUAUAGUUGUUUCCACGAAUAUGAUUAUUGAUCGCACAAAGAAGAUCAGAAAGGCUCUUGAUAAGAAAGAUUACCAAAGUCUCGAAUUACAGUUACAUGGAACACUUCUGGCGACUGUAAAUGUUGGACCUGUUGCAAUUAUCAAGGAAUUCUUCAAUUCCGACGACAAAAGAGUUUCGGAAUUGAAGCAGGCCUUCAAGAAAUUCGUUGAAACAACGAGCGAAGGAGUUAGAAAGCAUAGGGAAUGGUGUAUUUCUGAGGGAAAGUCUCAGGAACUCUGCGAUAAUCUUGACAACGGAUUGGAUGCGCUUUUAAUCGCUGCAAAGGAUGCGGAUAUUAAGAAAUAA